AUGACGACGACGCGCGCCUUCCGCUGCGAGGACCUCUUCCGCUUCAACAACAUCAACCUCGACGCGCUGACGGAGACGUACAACGUGUCGUUCUACUACAUGUACAUGAGCACGUGGCCGGACUAUUUCAAGGUCGAGGAGCACCCGAGCGGCAAACUCAUGGGCUACAUCAUGGGCAAGGCCGAGGGCGAGGGCACGCUCUGGCACGGCCACGUCACGGCGGUCACCGUCGCGCCCGAGUUCCGGCGCCGCGGCCUCGGCCGGAAGUUGAUGCACUCGCUCGAGCGCACGUCCGAGUCCGUCUUCGACGCCUACUUCGUGGACCUCUUCGUGCGCGUGUCGAACAGCCUGGCCAUCUCCAUGUACACGCGCUUCGGCUACUCGGUGUACCGGCGCGUCAUCGGCUACUACUCCGGCACCGAGGACGCGUUCGACAUGCGGAAGGCGCUGCCCCGGGACCGGGAGAAGCGGUCCAUCGUGCCGCUGGAGCAUCCGAUCUACCCCGACGACCUCGAGUGGUAA